GUCUUGUUCGUCUAUUAUUUGUUUUGCUUGACUUUCGCCAUGAUAAAAAGCAGCAACUUAAAUAGCGUAAUCAAUCAACUGGAUGCUGAUCGCGCUGCCAGCGGCGAGUCUACAAUAAACAACAACCAUGCCCAAUUAUUCGAUACAGAUGGAAACGAAUGCAGUUUGGCAGCUUUACAACUUUCCCACGGAAUACUGCAAAUUGCCGAGCCACCUUUGCAACGCUCUCGUCUACAGCUCAAGGAAUUAAUCGGGAAACAAAACAAAAUCUACAUUGACUUGUCGAAGGAGAAAUUUAAGCUCGAUUGCAGUGAGGUGGCCAAGCUGAAUGAUAUGAUGAAUGAUGUGAAGCGUUACAAAGACAAAUUAAGGCGAAUCAAAAAAGAAAUGCAGAAUAUUUAUCAGCGCACUAAAGUUUUAAAGAAACGAGCCGCAAAUGUUGCCAGCUGCAAGCAACGUGAUUUUCAGCGAAAACUCGACAAACAGCAACAAGAAGAGUCGCUCAUCGGCAGCCAGUCGCAUUAGUUGUCUACUAUAAUUAACUAAAUAGUAUUAUAACUAAAACAAAAGGCGGGAAUCGACUACAUCAACUAAAUAAAUAUUGUAUAACAUUUUACACUUACUCAAUAUCUACAA